AUGACUUAUUUUGAAGGAAUUUCAAAUAUUGUUAAAAGAAAUCGUGCAGUUAGUAUUAAUCCUCCACCACCUGAAUCAGAUAUUAAUUUAACUUCUCAUGGUUCAGAUUGGUUAUGGGCUGUAUUUUCAGUUUUUGCUUUACUUGCUGUUGUUCAUGGUUUUAUUUAUUCUUUAACUAGUGUUAGAAGAAGUGGAUUAAAAAAAUCAUUAUUAAUUAUUCCAUUAUUUACAAAUGCUAUUAUGGCUUUUGCUUAUUAUACAUAUGCUUCUAAUUUAGGUUAUACUUGGAUUGAAACUGAAUUUCAUCAUGUUACUACUAGUAGAGAUUUAAAUGUUCGUCAAAUAUUUUAUACUAAAUAUGUUGGUUGGUUUUUAUCAUGGCCAUGGGUUUUAACUAUAUUUGUUAUUGUAACUCAUACAAGUUUAACUGAUGAUAGAGAAGAUCUUUUAAAAAGAGGUGUUCAAAUUUUUUCAACCCUUUUCACUAGAUUUUUAGCAAUUGCAGUAUUUGUAUUAGGUUUAUUAAUUGGUGCUUUAAUCAGAUCUUCAUAUAAAUGGGGUUACUUUACUUUUGCAGUUGUUGCUCAAUUAUUUGCAAUUUAUCUUGUUUGUGUUGAUUUACAUCAUAGUUUUGGUUCAGUAAAUAAAAGUUGGUUUGGAAGUUUAUUAAUUACUUUUUAUAUUGUUGUUUGGAUUUUAUACCCUGUUUGUUGGGGUUUAUCAGAAGGUGGUAAUGUUAUUCAACCAGAUUCAGAAGCUGUAUUUUAUGGUAUUUUGGAUUUAAUUACUUUUGGAUUUGUACCAGUCAUUUUAACUUGGAUUGCUGUUAAUAGAGUUGAUGAAGAAUUUUUUACUAAAAUUUGGCAUUUCCAUUUAAAUAAUGGUGGUAAUGGUCAUGCUAUUAAUCAUGAUGUUGAAAAAGAUGUUGGUGCUGAUACUCCAAGACAUUCAGGUGAUACUGCAGUACCACCAACAGGUGUUCCAGCUACUGAAGAAGAAGCAGUAGUUGAAGAAGAAGUUGUUUAA